AUGGCCACAAAGCUUGUGGUUUUUGGGCUCCCCUGGGAUGUGGACAGCGAAGGAUUACGAAAGCAUAUGGCCAAGUUUGGACCCCUGGAAGAUUGUAUUGUCAUGAAGGAUCGCUUUUCUGGUCGAUCUCGUGGGUUUGGCUACGUAACGUUCUCAUCGGCUGAUGACGUCAAGAAUGUUCUUGAGUGUGAACAUUUUCUUGGGAACCGACCUCUAGAAGUGAAGAUAGCAAUUCCCAGGGAAGAACUGAAAGCACAGCCACCGGGAACAAAAACAGCUACUAGGAUAUUUGUUGGUCGAAUUCCACAAUCUGCAGAUGAGUCAAUGUUCCGUAGGCAUUUUGAAGCAUUUGGAGAAAUUAUCGAUCUUUACAUGCCAAAGGAACAUGGUUCAAAAGGUCAUCGUGGAAUUGGGUUUAUCACUUUUCAGAGCGCAGAAUCUGUAGACAGUAUCAUGCAAGAGUCGCAUGAGUUGGAUGGAACAACUCUACAUGUUGACCAUGCAACUCCAAAGCAUCAGGAUGAAGAUAUCAGACACCCUCCAAGCAGGACAUCUCAGGAUGGGGGCGACUAUGGCCUUGGCUAUGGUGCAUAUGAUGUAUACAUUGCAGCUGCAACCAUGUUUGGAGCUUUGGGCCCACCAACACGGUAUGAUCAUCCAGGAUCAGCUUAUGGAAGAGGAUACUCUGGAUCCCCUCCAGAAACGGGCAAAAAGAUAUUUGUUGGCGGGAUUCCACAAGAAGCAAACAAAGAUGACCUAAGGAAUUACUUUGGCGGAUUUGGCCGGGUCGCAAAUGUGUUUAUUCCAAGGGAUCCUAAAGGAAGUGGCCAUCGAACUUUUGGUUUUGUCACCUUUUCUGAUGAGGGUGUGGCAGAUAAGGUAGCUGACAAAAGCCAUGAAAUUCUUGGAUGUAAGGUCACAGUAGACAUAGCUGCACCGCCUAGGGGUGAUUCCAGUGGUCGUUUCGCUGACCCCAUGCCCGGCGUGGACCUUCAUGCACCACCUUACGGCUCAAUGCGGCCUUUCGGCAUGUUCUGCGGCAACCUGGGUUAUGACCGAGGCUAUGGUCCCGGCGGAGGCGGCAGCAGAUCGAGAACGGAUGGGCGGCAUCGACCUUACUGA